AUGGCUCCAUUUCUGACCCUGCCGUGCCAGCCCUGUGCCAUCAGCACCGCUGAGAGACUCCGGUCCUUUGUGGCCUCGGUGUCUGAGUGCCUUCCAGCCACCGGGACCCAUCUUCCAGCGCCGCCGCAGACCGUCUUCUGUUGUGAUCGGGGCGGGACCCAGUGGGUGCCUGGCCUGGGAGCCAGGAUGACCACCCCCCACGUCUUGCUGAUGUACCUGGGACUGGCUCUCUUCUUACUCUCAGGGGCGCAGGCCCAGCACAGCCCCCCACCGGGCUGCGGCGCAGACCUCAGCCCCCUCUACUACAACCUGUGUGACCGCUCCGGGGCCUGGGGCAUCGUGUUGGAGGCUGUGGCCGGGGCAGGCGUCGUCACCACGUUUGUCCUCACCAUCAUCCUGGUGGCCAGCCUCCCGUUCGUGCAGGACACCAAGAAGCGGAGCCUUCUGGGGACCCAGGUGUUCUUCCUGCUGGGGACCCUGGGCCUCUUCUGCCUCGUGUUUGCCUGCGUGGUGAAGCCCGACUUCUCCACCUGCGCCUCCCGGAGGUUCCUUUUUGGGGUGCUUUUCGCCAUCUGCUUCUCCUGUCUGAUGGCCCACGUCUUCGCCCUCAACUUCCUGGCCCGGAAGAACCAUGGGCCCCGGGGCUGGGUGAUCUUCACCGUGGCCUUGCUCUUGACCCUGGUGGAGGUGGUCAUCAACACGGAGUGGCUCAUCAUCACCCUGGUGCGGGGAGGCGGCGAGGCUGGCCCGCUGGGCAACGGCAGCGCCGAGUGGACGGUGCCCUCACCCUGCGCCAUUGCCAACAUGGACUUCGUGAUGGCGCUCAUCUACGUCAUGCUGCUGCUGCUGGGGGCCUUCACGGGGGCCUGGCCCGCCCUGUGCGGCCGCUUCAAGCGCUGGCGGAAGCACGGGGUCUUCGUGCUGCUCACCACGGCCACCUCCAUCGGCAUCUGGGUGGUGUGGAUCGUCAUGUACACCUACGGCAACCGGCAGCGCAACAGCCCCACCUGGGACGACCCCACGCUGGCCAUCGCCCUCGCCGCCAACGCCUGGGCCUUCCUGCUCUUCUAUGUCAUCCCUGAGCUCGCCCAGCUGACCAAGGCCAGCCCCGAGCAGAACUACCAGGGGGACCUGUACCCCACCCGCGGCGUGGGCUACGAGACCAUCCUCAAAGAGCAGAAGGGUCAGAGCAUGUUCGUGGAGAACAAGGCAUUUUCCAUGGACGAGCCCGCCUCAGCCAAGAGGCCCGUGUCACCAUACAGCGGCUACAACGGGCAGCUGCUGACCAGCGUGUACCAGCCCACCGAAAUGGCCCUGAUGCACAAAGGCCCAGCUGAGGGCGCCUACGACGUCAUCCUCCCGAGGGCCACUGCCAACAGCCAGGUGAUGGGCAGUGCCAACUCGACCCUGCGUGCCGAAGACAUGUACGCCGCCCAGAGCCAGCAGGCGGCCGCCCCAGCCAAGGACGGCCGGAGCUCGCAGGUGUUUAGAAACCCCUACGUGUGGGACUGA